CAUUUUUGCAGCCCAAAGAUCCAAUGCUUGCAUCGUCCUUUCAGAGAUCAUUGCGACAGUGUUGUCGCGCCAAGACCAUUGCAAACCUUCCCGUUCGAUGUGACAAAGCCUUCACAAACCGUGUGUUCUCAUCUGAUGUAAAGGGAAGCAUCCCAAUAGAUGGCAUUGGUGUCGAAGUCGGGCAAUAUGCUAUGGUGGAACGAUCAUUCUCGGCAGAACAGGUGCUCCAGUUUGGAAAUCUGAUUCAUGAUUUGAACCCAUUGCACUUGACGUGGCAAGAAGAAACCUUGCCUCUCGAAUUGCAGACUCAUCCCCUGCUGCUACAACAAGAAAAACAGGAAGGCCCUUCUUCUUCUCUGCCAAGACCCAUUGUCCAUGGCAUGUUGGUAUCCAGUCUAUUUUCCAGCAUUUUUGGUACCUUGGUGCCUGGCGCCGUUUACAUGAACCAAACAUUGAACUUUAGUGCUCCCGUUUUUGUAGAUGAUUUGGUGGUUGGCAGAGUAGACAUAACUCGUGUGCGCAACUUUAAAGCGGGUGGAGUGGUUGUGACCUGUGACACUCGAGUACUGCGAAAAGAGACCGAAUGUGUCAGUGGCAAGGCCAAUGUGUGGCUUCCCGGGGCCAGCAAAAAGACACCGGCAAGCUAGAUACAAGUAAAGGAUUGCUGCACACCAGACCGAUCAUCCCAGAUAGAUGUGCAUGUGCAUCUAGUACCGUACAUGCACCGUACUUGAGUAAGGAAACAGUCGUCGGCUACAUUUACGCUUUGGCCGUCAUGCUUCUACGUAGCGCCUUGCUACGAAACAGAGUGCAACGUGGUAUCGGAAAAGUAUUUCUCCGCGCUACAAUUAUUUGGUCUGUUCUUCAGUCUAUGUCAUCAUUAUUUGUACCGGUAGAUGAAAUGGUUGCCAUUCCAAAGCAUCAAUCAAUACAGUGCAUCCAGUGUGGUUGCAGGGAUACAGGAAUACAUCCUUCCUCUCCGAGCAAAACGGCCAGUCUUGACCAGACCAAUGCCAGAGAGCGAGAAUUUCAGAAGAACAG